AUGGCCCUGGGACUCGUCUCGGCAGUGUCAUUAGCGGUAUAUCUUGUCUAUCGGAUGUUCUUUUCGCUUGAAAGUCGUAUCCCCGGAGACCUGUCGGCGAGGUUCACAAUACUCAUGUAUAGGUCGCGAGCAGCACGCGGAUACCAAGCGGACAUGGCUGAAGAAUACUAUGACAAGUAUGGCGAUAUCUACGCAGUUGGCCCCGGCGUCAUUGUGUUAUCAAACCCUGCCGAUUGCCGGCGGGUGCUUGGCUCGCACGCGUUCCGCAAAAACAAAAAGGUCUACAGCUUCUUUGCACAGGUUGGUGAAACCAUGUUCUCCACCUCUGAGCCUGAGGUCAGCAACAUGCGGCGCAGGCAGUUUGGACCCAUGUUCACGCAUGGAUAUCUUGCGCAGAUGGAGUCAACGGUGCUGGAGUGCGGAAUUGGCGAGAUCAAGAAGAAAUGGAACAGGCAGGUGGACCAGGGCGACGGCAAAGCAGUCAUCAACUUUAGUCAGGACUUUUCCCUAGCAACUUUCGACGUCAUCAGCGCUCUUGGGUUUGGCCAGCAGUUCCACGCGCUGGCGAACAACGACUCGAAGAUAAUCCAGUGGGUCGACAACACUAUCAAGCUUGCUAUCCGCACGCAACUAUUGCCAUUUGCCCGGCGGUACCCAAUGAAUCUGCUGACCGCGGCAUUGACUAAGAGCCACCAAGCAUUCAUCGACUUCAACAACCAAAUCAUCGACGGACGCCGCCAGAUGGUACAGGCUGGAAAGGGACACCCAAAGGAUAUUCUGCAGGCGCUUAUUGACGCUGAAGACCCAGAUUCGAAGAUGAAGCUAUCGGCCGAUGAGAUCACAGCUGAAAACGUCAGCUUCUUGAUCGCGGGAACGGAUACAACGUCGCUGACCAUGACCUGGUUCGUCCAUUUUAUGAUGCUUUACCCCGAGUGCUACCAGCGCGCCACGGCGGAGGUGCGUGCAGCCUUUUCGCCCGACCACUUGGUUACCUAUGCCGAGAGCCGCGCCAGUUUGCCUUACCUGGAGGCUUGCAUCUACGAAGUGCUGCGCAUCAGGGCUGUGUCCGGGACUACUUUGCCUCGCAUUGUGCCUGCAGGAGGGGCUCGGUUCCAGGGCCAUUUCUUGCCAGCAGGCACAGUGGUUUGUGCCAGCGUGGCUGGGCUGAACCACCACACCAGCGUCUGGGCCAACCCAAAGCGCUUCACGCCAGAGCGGUUCAUUGAUAGCCCAGAUCUGAAGCAGAAUGUCAUGACAUUCAGUACCGGUGUGCGCAUCUGCCCUGGACGGAACUUGGCCUAUAUGGAAAUGUUCACCAUCCUGGCAAACCUUCUCAAGGACUACGACCUUGAGCUGCCCGAGGGCUCGCUGUUUGGGCCCGACAGACUCGAUGACAACGGAAACCCGAUCCCCAUGCCGCGCAGGCACAGGCUCACGGCCGGGCCAUGGCACCCAGACCGUGAUUGCAAUAUCGUUGUGACUAAGCACAGCAGCUAA